UCAUCUUCCAAGCACACAACGCCGCCCAAAAGACAAUUAGAUUUAUCAUCGAUUCCACCUCCCCAAUGUCAACGACCGCCUCCUCGACGUCGUCCCCUGCACUGGCACUCGCUCGCCUAACCCCAAGAUCAUCCCCCGCCGCCAAAACUCGAUCUCCAACCUCCCUCGCCGUCGCCAUCCGCUCCUCCAUGGACUCCCCUCCUCCCCAACAGAAGCCGCCGAAGCGCGUCCUCGUCUGCGGCGGCGGCGUCAUCGGCGUCUGCACCGCCUACUUCCUCUCCAAGUCCGGGGCCGCCGCCUCCGUCGCCCUCGUCGAGCAGUCCUCCGUCGCCUGCGCCGCCUCCGGGAAGGCCGGCGGCUUCCUCGCCCUCGACUGGUGCGACAGCGGCCCCCUGGGCCCCCUCGCCCGCGCCAGCUUCGACCUCCACCGCACGCUCGCGGAGGAGCUCGACGGUCCCCGGGCCUACGGCUACCGUGCCCUCACCACUCUCAGCCUCACCGUGAAGGAAUCGGAGUCGGGUCAGCAACCGAAGCGGGCUACUCGCGACGACGCCGUCCUGCCCGACUGGGUCGACGGGCCGGGGCGGGCCGCUAGGGCGAUUGGGUCGACGGACACCACGGCCCAGGUCCAUCCGCAGCUGUUCACCCGGGCUUUGCUGGACAAGGCCGUGACGGAUUACGGGCUCGAAGUGGUGAUCGGGAAGGCGACGAGGGUCCAAGCGGACGGCGGGGGGAGGGUGUCGUCGGUGGUGCUGGAGGGCGGGAGGGUGUUGGAGGCGGACGCGGUGGUCCUGGCGCUGGGCCCGUGGUCAGGUAACUUCGGGCUUUUGGCGUCGCGGUUCGGGGUAUACGGGCUUAAGGCCCAUAGCAUCGUCUUGGAGCCGAGAGAGCCCGGCUCGAUAGGCCCGCAAGCUCUGUUUCUGAGCUUCUUGCCCUCCGGCGGAGGCCCGGCCAUGGACCCAGAAGUCUACCCUCGGCCCACCGGGGAGGUCUAUUUGUGUGGAAUGUCGUCCCGGGAGGAGGUGCCGGAUGACCCCGGCGAGGUCGCGCCCAACCCGGAAUCCGUGAAGGUGCUGAAGCGGGUUGCUCGGGCCGUGUCGACUCACUUGGCGGAGGGCCAGGCGCGGGUGAAGGCGGAGCAAGCCUGCUUCUUGCCGUGCACCGAGGACGGGGUCCCCGUGAUCGGGGAGCUACCUGGGUUGGAAGGUUGCUACGUGGCGACGGGCCACGGCUGCUGGGGCAUCCUCAACGGGCCCGCUACUGGGGCGGCGGUGGCAGAGCUCGUGCUCGAAGGGCAGGCCCGGACCGUGGACCUGACUCGGUUCAGCCCCGCACGGUUUGUAGUCUCUAGGAAGAGAUAAAAAUGUGGCAUUCGGAAAUGUAAAUUGCGUUUGUUUUCUAUCAAGUGACGUGAUUUUUCCUUCUUCUCUCCUUCGUCUUCUUCUAUUAAGUAAGGAAUUUGACUAGAACACAAUUUAGGGUAUCUGUACUUAUGUACAACUAAGAUCUUCACGAACGGCCUCGAAUCACAUUCGAUGCU